UUAGACGUCACUUCCGGGGGGCAGGUUCCGCAAAUAAACACAUUCACCAAUACAUCCAGUCAAUACUUCUGAUAUUCAGCAUGUCUGAUGCUGACUUAAUUUCCGUCGAUUAUGAAGUAUAUGGAAAAGUGCAAGGUGUCUUUUUCCGGAAAUACACACAGGCUGAGGGGAAGAAGCUUGGCCUUGUAGGUUGGGUCCAAAACACAGGCGCGGGAACUGUGCAAGGUCAGCUCCAAGGUCAACGUAAGAAGGUGAAAGAAAUGCAAGAAUGGCUUAAGUCAACUGGGAGCCCCAAGUCGCACAUAAUCAAGGCAGAGUUCAGGAACGAGAAAGCGGUUUCCAGCCUAGAACACUCAACUUUUAACAUUGUGAAAUAACUUAAUGUAUGCACGCCAUUAACCAACACCCACAUAUUUAUUUUGUCUGUCUUAUUAUAUGUUGAAAAGUAUUAACCAAAACAUACUGAAAAGUAGACAUGUCAAAUACUCUACAAUCUGGCAAGGUUCUAAUAAACAGGAAAGCACAGAGAUGAUUACAAAUGAUAAUCAAGAGUGUGCUU